ACUCGGCUUCUGGGCCCCGACGCCUCCGCCGCCGGACGUCAAGAGUGUCACAACAAUCUUCAAUUACGGGAGCCCGUGGGUGCUCUGAGAACAAUUGUGAAACAUGAGAAUUAAGCUGGAUCUCAGCGACUUUUUAGAGGAUGAGAGGAAGCUGGUGGUUCUGAGUGUCAACGAGGAGGAGGCGCGGACGGUGCGGGAUGUGCUGGCCAAGAUAAUCAAGCUGUUCAAGUUGAGUCCUUGGCACCAGGACGCAGAUAUUGUACACAGCAAGAAAUUGAAUCUGGGUCUUUUUGAAGAGGAGUUUUUCCUACACCCUGAUGAGACCUCCUCAGUCCUUCAUGGAAUUGGUCUUCUCAAAUUAAAGACACUACCAAGUUCUCAAGAGGCAGAGGGAAAGAAGAAGAAAAAAGGCAAGAAAAAAGCUAAAGAAGAAGACAAAUCCGUGAAUGAGACAGCGAAGGAGAAAAGGAAAAGGAGUCCUGAUGUUCUGCCACAACAGAGGAGAGAGGAAAGAAGGGAAAGAAGGAUAAAGGUAGAGGAUGUAAUAAGCACUUCUGAGAGUGAUUCUAAUGUUAGAGAAGGAACCUCACGGAAACGUAAAAGAGCAUCAACUUCAGAAGAGGAGAGUUCCAUGGAAGAAAGCAGAGGGAAAAGGAAAAGUAAAAGGAGUAAGUUUUCAAAACUUGAAGCAAAUUUCUGUGAUGUAAAUGAAAGUAAAAAGCAUAGUGUGAGUGAUAGUGACUUGUUAACUGAAUCAGACAGUGAAACUGAACAGUUAACGAAUCUUGGGAGAAGAAGGAAUGACCCAUAUUUUGUUGGUGGAAGUUGUCGAAGGAAAAGCAGAAAUGAAAUGUCCAGUUUGCAGUCAACUGGAAGAAACAAUGACUAUGAAAUGGGAACAGACAUCAAGUGGAAAAAGAAAACUAAAGUCAUUGAAGAAUUUGAGAUAGAUGGCGAUGAGUUACAGGAGUUAUACUGUAAGAAAGGGACAAAAGGGCAGCAGAUUGAGUUGGGAUUUGAAGAGAGUAGGAGUAGCAAGAGAAAUAGAUUUCAAAACUUAGCAGUAGGUUAUGAGUUAGGGAAUUUAAGAUCAAAGAAGAAAUCAGGUGAGACAGACAAUAUCAUUGAAAAACAGAAGGAACUAGAACAUAGAUAUUUGGAAGACAAGAAGUCUCAGGUAAAAGUUGUGUCCACAAGCAAUGUUAUUAACUUGCUAAGUGAUGAUUCUUUGGAUGAUGCAUCAUCUGAUAAAAGUGAAAAAACUGUUGGUGAAAAAUUAUCAAAUAUCAGAUCAUACGAACAAGAUGAUGGUCCUCAUGCAGCUGAUUCAGUGACUGAUCCUUCUGCAUGCUUUGAGCCAUGUGGCCCACUUAAAACAGGAAAGAAAAAAAGAAUAAGAAAACACAAGAAAAAGAAACGUAAUGAACAGCAGAGUGUGAUAGAGAAUGAUGCUUCAUAUGGGAAUAUAGCUGAGGAGAAGUCAGUAUUUAAUAGAGAGGUAGCAUACAAUUUUCCAUUUGCAAAACCAAGAAGUACAAAGCAAGGAAUGCAGCCUGCCAUAAACCAGGGCAAGCAUGUGUUUUUUGAAAGUGAAGAUGAAAUAAUUUCCAGUAAUGAAAAAGAGAGAGGAAGUUCCGCUCAUGAUGUUGAGGUUCUUGCAACUGCUUCCAGUAUAUUUAGAAAAGAUUCUCAGCUUUCAGAGCAAAGCAGUAGAAAGGAAAGUUUUAGACAGACACGUCAAAGAUUGACAGAACCAGUUGUUGUUGAAAUUGAAGGAGAAUCUACACUACCUAGCAGUUCAUCAGUUUUUGCUCCAAGUAGAUAUCAACCCCAAAGGAGACAAAUUCCUAGUUUUAGUGACAGGCAGUUAAAGAAGCACAAAAGAGAUGAUUCAGAUGUAUUGUUCCCAGGGCAGGAUAUUGAAGAAGAAAUACAUCUGGGAGACAAAUUUAGAUAUUCUACACCAGUCAUGAAGAAGAAACCACCAGUACAAGUCCAAGAUGAUGAAUGUGUACAGAUGCUACGCUCUGAAGAUUAUUCAUCAGUUGAUAACAAGGCCAUUUCCAUUCCAUCUCAGCCAGUUGGUGACACUGAUGAUUUAGCCACCUUCAAAAGAAUUUGUGAAAAUACUACCCUCAUGGUUGUAAAGGUUGAUCCAAGAAGGAGACCUCAAGUUAAACCUCAAGCGAGAGAAGCAAAUAAGACAGGUAACACUCUAAACCUUGGUCCACCAAGCCCUUCAGACCACUCUACAGUAGAUGUAAGUGAAGAAAGUAAACAGACCUUCCAUAAUCUGACAGUGAUCGAAAAUAGGGAUAUGCCUUUAAUCAUUCCAAGAGCUCGAAGGUCAUUGCGAGGUUCUGAAGAAAGAAGUAUAGGUGAGAGAAAUACAAAUUAUGGUAAUUCAGGAAAUAAUGUGGAGCAAGAGAACUGCUCCCAGUCUGGGAAUGGCACAUGCACGGAAGUUCCGCAAUCACAUGAAUCUAUAAAUUCAGUACAAGACAGAAGAAACAGAAGUAAAAGUUGUGAAAUUAUUGAGAAUAAUAUGGAAAGAACUCAAUUGAACCAUCCCAGUAAUUCUAAUUCAAGCCCAAUGGAUACAAACAGUAAGUUAUCUACAAAUAAGCCUGAAUUUGGAAUGCAUUCGCAUUACAGAAAAAAAAAUAGGCCAAGGGUUUUUCAGUCUGUUGGUGCUGUUCUUGCCAAUCUUAAGUACUCAAGUGAGGAAGGCAGAGAACCAAUUGCUGAACCCACAACAGGCAAGGAAAAGGUUCAUGAGGCAGCCCUUGAACAAAAACUGUCACAGGCAGAAGUGCAUGCAUCAAAACAGUCUUCUGAUGCACAUAAAGAUUUCAGUACAGAGAGUAAUAAUGUACUCAAAGAAAAUGUAAAUCAAACUGAUGGUUCAGGAGCAGUAGAGGAUGAUGACAUUGUUCACUUGGAAAGUGAUGAAGAAGAACAUGUUGUCCAAACUAAAAAUGUAGUACCUGAAACUUUAGAUGUUUUAGACAUCAUUGAGGAGAGAAGAGAGAGGAUGCAGGGAAUUGCAGAACUAGGGAAAUUAGGUGAUGUGCAAAGACAUCAAGAAAUUAUGUUCUCAGAACAGUUUAAAAAUAUUCCAGGUGUCAUGGAAGCUGUUCCAGAAGGAUACAGAGGUUUUCCAGAAAUCCUGGCAAAGGUGCUAGGAGGAGGAGUUUCAAUGAAGCAGCUUGUUCCAGAGCAAGAGACCAUCUCACAUAGAGAGAAUGAGUUAAUUUCAAAAGAUAGUUUGAAAGAAAAGCAGGAGGUUACUCUUGAUGAUGAACAGAGUAAUCAGCUUGUUUCACAAAUUAGACAAGAUAUUUCAGUAAACAGAGCGCAUAGUGUGCAAGAAGAAGCCAGUGAUGUAGUGCCAGAGAACAGAGAAAAUUUGAUACUUGAAAGGAGAAAGAAUGAAGACUUAGGAGAAAUAUCAGAAGUUGUAUCAGGAGAAAUUAAGGGAAAGGAAGAGGAGGUUGUGCUAGAUGAGUUUCCUGAAGAAAAAAAGAGGUCCCCAAUUAGAGAUGAAUUGUGUAUUACUAAAGAAGUCAAAGAAAAAGUUGUGCAGAAAGUAGAGGAUGAAGAUAUCAGAGUGGUGGUUGAUGAUGAUGUUAAUGUGCCGGGAAACCUAAAUAAUGACAGAGCUGUUGUAAAUGAAAAUGAUGACAAUAGAUCAGAAGUGAAAGUUGUACCAGAAACUGAGGAUUCUGCAAAAGGUUUGAAGGAUGCUAUAAAGAAGACAAAAAUGGAGAGUGGGGGAGCUUAUUGCACUGAAAGUAGUUAGCCUUGAUGAAGGUUAUCGUCCUGUAUACUCAAACUAUGUAAAGGCACAAAUAUUGGCAGUGAAAGGAUGGAAAAUAAAACUAAGAUAUAUUGAUGAUGUCGAGUCUGUGAAAAAGGGAGACAAAGAGGAAGUGGCUGAUGUGGAGGAGGUUGACCUGACUUCCGAUGACGAGGAGCAAGAUGAUCUGAUUGAAGUGCUGGAUUGGCGUGACAUACAUGCUCCAAGGCUUCUUUAUCCUUGA